AAAGAACAAACCAUAACUCUCUGUAUUACCGGCAUGACAGAUCUCCUAACCUCACGUGCGUCAUUUUUUAUCAUUUCAUAAUUUUCGAUCUGUUUGAGAGCGACACUUUUUUCUUUCAAAAUCGUGUUCUACGCACCAAAAUACACAAUUGUGCAAAGUUUCAGCGAAAUUCGUGAGGAGGCCUGUAUUCUUCACAAUUACCCUAUAAGCUUCCUCAAAUCGGUCAUGUCAAGAGGAUUACAUUAUGGAAACUGCUUCAGGAAUUUUGUCAGACAGCAAAAUUACAUGAAUACUUACUACUAUUAUCAUCGAAUAUAUUGUGGAAUGCACAAGAUUUCUGUGCCUCUACAUGCUGCCAUGAUUGAUGAUACAAAUGCAACAGAAAAUAGAGCUUCUGUUGAGCAAAGACGAACAAGGAGUUUAAUCAGAGAUAGUCUUUCAUUGAAGGAUUUCAUAACCCCCGAGCCACCCAGAAUUGAUAUAUCCCCUGAAGAAUCUAUCCCAUAUGUGCAAGAUAUUCGUGGAGAAGGUCAAAAAGUGUACUUUGAAAUUUAUGGUUGCCAAAUGAAUGUGAAUGAUACUGAGAUAAUAUGGUCGAUACUGAAAGCACGUGGUUACCAGCAGACAAAGGAUAUGGAAGGUGCUGAUAUUGUGUUGCUCAUUACUUGCUCCAUUAGAGACAAUGCUGAGCAAAAGGUAUGGAAUAAACUUGAAUAUUUAAAUGUCAUAAGGAACAAGAGAAGGAAAAAGUCUGGAGUAUCCAUGAAGAUUGGUCUUUUAGGAUGUAUGGCUGAACGUUUGAAGACUAAAAUACUGGACAAGGGAAAACUUGUAGAUGUCAUAGCAGGCCCUGACAGUUAUAAGGAUUUACCAAGGCUUCUAGCGGUAACAGACAGCGAAACAGCUGUUAACGUUGUAUUGUCCUUUGAUGAGACAUAUGCGGACGUCAUGCCGGUUAGACUCAAUCAAGACAGGAUUGGAGCAUAUGUCUCCAUAAUGAGAGGUUGCGACAACAUGUGCACCUACUGUAUUGUACCGUUUACGAGAGGAAGAGAGAGAUCCCGGCCGAUCAUGAGCAUACUCGACGAGGUGCGACAUUUAUCGGACCAGGGUAUAAAGGAAGUUACUCUGCUCGGGCAGAAUGUGAAUAGCUACAGGGACUUGUCGCAAUUGCAAUUUGUGGUGCCUGUUGGCACUGGGACUCACCUCGCCAAAGGCUUCAAGACAGUCUACAAGGGUAAGAAGGGUGGCCUGAGAUUCUGUGAUCUUUUGGAUAAGGUGUCGUUGAUCGAUCCAGAGAUGAGAGUCAGAUUCACGUCGCCGCAUCCGAAGGAUUUCCCUGACGAGGUGUUGCACCUCAUCGCCGAGAGGCCAAAUAUCUGCAAGCAGAUUCACUUACCUGCCCAGAGCGGUAAUUCCGCGGUCUUGGUCAGGAUGCGACGAGGAUAUACCAGGGAAGCGUAUUUAGAUUUGGUUCACAACAUACGCGACAUUCUUCCCGAUGUGUAUCUCUCCGCUGAUUUCAUCGCUGGCUUCUGCGGCGAGACAGAGGAAGAGUUUCAGGACACGUUAUCGCUGUUGGAGCAAGUCAAGUACAAUUAUGCUUAUAUGUUCGCCUACAGCAUGCGCGAGAAAACUACGGCGCAUCGACGGUACAAGGACGACGUUGAGCAACGCGUGAAGAUAGAACGUGUUGCUCGCAUGAUUACGUUGUACAGAAGGGAGGCGGAGAAAUUAAACAAGGCACAGAUAGGGCAGCGUCAGCUCGUUCUCGUGGAGGGUGUAAGCAGGAGGACCGACCGGAAUCUGCAGGGCAGGAACGACGGUAACGUGAGAAUUUUACUGCCACCCGCCGUGAUACCGGUCAAUCGGCAUUCCGACUCGACAAGGGAGAUGCGAGCCGGCGACUACGUUGUCGUGCAAAUUGACAAUGCCAAUUCUCAAAGCUUGCGAGCAGUGCCUCUGUAUCAUUCUUCGAUCAGCGAAUAUUCGUCAGAGAAACAAGAACUAUUGUAUUAUUAAUUCGUUACGUAAUAAAAAUAUUGGGUGCAUGUACAAGUCACUCGAACGUUUAUUUUCGAUACGUAAUAAUUAAAUAUCAGUCAAAUAUUGUCUUAGUUUCUUUUUCUUUUCUCUACCUUAUGGCCCUUGACUUGGCCGAAUAAUUGCGUUCAGCGGAACGAAGCAAUUAAUGUAAUUAAUUGUAAUUAAUGUAAUUAAUUGUAAUUAAUGUAAUUAAUUGUAAUUAAUGUAAUUAAUGGGAAGAAGAAUAAACUCGGUCAAACGAAA